GAGAACAUGGAGUCGGGCAAGAUGGCGCCUGGCAAGAACGCUCCGAGAGACGCCUUGGUGAUGGCACAGAUCCUGAAGGAUAUGGGAAUUACAGAGUACGAACCAAGAGUUAUAAACCAAAUGUUGGAAUUUGCUUUCCGAUAUGUAACUACAAUUCUGGACGAUGCAAAAAUUUAUUCGAGCCAUGCUAAGAAACCUAAUGUUGAUGCAGAUGAUGUGAGACUGGCAAUCCAGUGUCGUGCUGAUCAAUCUUUUACCUCUCCUCCCCCAAGAGAUUUUUUACUGGAUAUCGCAAGGCAGAAAAAUCAAACCCCUUUACCUCUGAUUAAGCCAUAUGCAGGACCCAGACUGCCACCUGACAGAUACUGCUUAAUAUCUCCAAACUAUAGGCUGAAGUCCUUAAUUAAAAAGGGACCUAACCAAGGAAGACUACUUCCACGGUUAAGUGUUGGUGCUGUUAGUAGCAGACCUACCACUCCUACUAUAGUUCCUGCAACAACUGCAGUUCAAAAUGUUCUAAUUAAUCCUUCAAUGAUUGGACCAAAAAAUAUUCUUAUUACCGCCAACAUGGUUUCAUCACAGAACACAGCCAAUGAAUCAAACCCAUUGAAGAGAAAACAUGAAGAUGAUGAUGACAGUGAUACUCUGUAAGGAAAUAAUCUAGAUGCAUUUCAGAUGCAUAGUUGGUUUUGAGCCCAAUAUACUGAACUAGAACAUUCUAGAUCUUCUCAAGUUUUAUCUUGGAAAACAAAGACAGCUGCAGUAUUUUUCAUAUUUAUGUAAACUGUUAGAUUUAAGUAAGGCUGCCAGUGUUUUUUCAUUAGGCUUCAAGUAGAAAAAGUUAAGCAAUUAUUUAAUAGCUCCACUAACGUUGAGUCCUACAAUUCUGUUUUUGGAAGCAGUUUUCUGCCAUGUAUCACUGACAAUAGCACUUAAGUUUCAGUUUCUGUGGCCUGAUCAGUGAACUGAUCUUUACAGCAUAAUUUUUUUUUUUUACAGCAUAAUUUUUAA